UUAACACUCCUCUGUCUGCGGGUGCUUCCGGGCAACCAGUUACUCUGCCUUUCACCCUGGCGCCCCCCAGCCCUGGCUCUCCGGCCGCGCUGCCCCGGGCAUCUAAGCCCUGCGGGCUCAGCGGACUCAGCGGAUUCAGCGGGCUCAAUCUGCGCAGCACCUCCUCCAUGUUGACCAAGCCUCUUCAGGGGCUCCCAGCGCCCCCGGUCACCCCCACGCCGCCCCCAGGAGGCAAGGAUCGAGAAGCAUUCGAGGCCGAGUACCAACUCGGCCCCCUCCUGGGUAAGGGGGGCUUUGGUACUGUCUUCGCGGGACACCGCGUCACAGACCGACUCCAGGUGGCCAUCAAAGUGGUCCCCCGGAAUCGUGUGCUGGGCUGGUCUCCCUUGUCAGAUUCAGUCAUGUGCCCACUCGAAGUGGCACUGCUAUGGAAGGUGGGUGCCGGUGGUGGGCACCGUGGUGUAAUCCGCCUGCUUGACUGGUUUGAGACACCAGAGGGCUUCAUGCUGGUUCUUGAGAGGCCUUUGCCUGCCCAGGAUCUCUUUGACUACAUCACAGAGAAGGGCCCGCUGGGUGAAGACCAAAGCCGCUGCUUAUUUGCCCAGGUGGUGGCAGCUGUCCAGCACUGCCAUGCCCGUGGAGUUGUCCAUCGUGACAUCAAGGAUGAGAACAUCCUGAUAGACCUCUGCCGGGGCUGUGCCAAACUCAUUGAUUUUGGUUCAGGUGCCCUGCUUCAUGAUGAACCUUACACUGACUUUGAUGGGACAAGGGUGUACAGCCCCCCGGAGUGGAUCUCUCAGCACCAGUACCAUGCUCUCCCAGCCACUGUCUGGUCACUGGGUAUCCUCCUCUAUGACAUGGUGUGUGGGGACAUUCCCUUCGAGAGGGACCAGGAGAUUCUGGAGGCUGAGCUCCACUUUCCUGCCCAUGUCUCCCCAGACUGCUGUGCCCUAAUCCGCCGGUGCCUGGCCUCCAAACCCUCUUCCCGACCCUCACUGGAGGAGAUCCUGCUGGACCCCUGGAUGCAAACACCAGCCAAGGAUGAGCCCCCCAACCCCCCCAAAGGAGGCCCCACCCCGUUGGCCUGGUCCCUGCUCCCCUAGGCCUGGCCAGGCCCCCACUGGUCAGAAUAGCCAUCCCAUGGCCAUGCCACAAGGUUAGAUGGACGUCUGUUGACCUGGUUUUACAGGUUAUUAAAAAUCCAGUAUUACUAAGGUCAGGGAUUAGGGAUGAGGGGUCAGAAGACAUAAGCCAAGUCUGCCCAGUCCCCGUCCCAAUCUUGUGAAGGAGCCUUCCUCCUAGAACCUGUGGUCCCUUAUUCUGGAGGGGGGACUUCCUUGUUUCUCAUUUUGUUAAUGGUGUUUGUUUGGUUAAAGUUACUUAGAUUUUGAGCCCCAGGACCUUUAUUCUGAUCACUUGUAACCCCUACACUGGCACCUCCUACUACCACCACACACACUUACACUGGCACCUCCUACUACCACCACACACACUUACACUGGCACCUCCUACUACCACCACACACACUUAGUUUAAAUGCUCUUACUUGGGCAAGGGUGCUUUUCUUCCAGUACCCCAGCAGCUCUUAUGUUAGCGAAGGGACGCUUUCCCCUAGCCUAGGGUCCCAUAUUCGGUUAAGCUGCUUGCCUACCUCAGCCCAGGAUUGCUUAUUCUGAGGAGGUAGUGCCCUAUUGUUAUCCCAGGGCUCUUUUUUUUUUUUUUUUUUUGGUGAGGGGACCCUACUCUGUAAUCCCAAGUGCUCUUAUUCUGGUGAGAAGAACCUUAUUUCCAUGAUUUGGGAAGGAAUGGAAGAUGGACACCACCGGCCACCACCAGAGACUUAGGAUGGGAUGGAUGGUUUUUGGGGGAAUGGGCUGGGGGAAAUAAGUUUUGCUGUUUGUUCUCCUGGGGCCCCCCCCUCUCCAACUUUUGCAGAUUCUUGCUGCCUCCUCCUGAGCCAAAAUUGUCCAAUUGCUAAAAUGUAAUUAGAUAUGUAUUGGGAGGAAGGGAAUGCCAAGUGUGCCCUCCUUUCCUUUCUCCACCCGCUUGGAUUAUUUAAAAAGCCAUGUGUGGAAACCUACCAUUUAAUAAAAGUAAUAGAAUCAGAAGC